AUUAAUUAGAAACAAAAAAUACCAUUUAAUAGCAACAUGUUAUUAACGCCAUCAUAUUUUCAACUCCCUAAAAGGGCUGUGCACAGGACCCGAUGGAUCAUAAACCCACCACUGCUGCUGAAGGACUUUUUCCAUUAUAAUUUAAUAUUAAAUCUAAAUACUCUGAUGAAAUUGGUUUGUGUGACAUGGGUGUCCAGUCUUCAACACACACCGCUUGUUUGCACUGCACUCCUAGAAAUGAUCAGGACUCAUGUACUUGGCUGUGGCCUGUUGGGAAAGUAUGAGCAAUAAGAACAGAAGAACAAUAAGAGCAUGGAUCAGAACCAAAGGCCCAUGCAGUCCAGCAUGCAGCUCCACAGUGGUCAACUGGAGACCUGUGAGAAACCCACAAACCAAACAUGAGGGCAAUAGCCCUCUCUUCCUCCUGUUUCCCAGCAACUGCUUCCCAGCAUAUUCCGUCUGAUCCUUGAUGCCAUAAAUGGCCAUUGUGACUAGUAGUCCUCUGUAGCCUUAUCCUCCAGGAAUUUCUCUAAUCCCCUUCUAAAACUAUCCAAGCUGGCAGCCUUCGAGACAUCUUGCGGUAGCAAAUCCCAUACUUUAACUAUGUGCUGAGAAGAUGGGCUUCCUUUUAAGAAGGAAGUUACCUGAGAACUAUGGAACUCUUUCCCUCCCGUAAGAGGCAAGCGGCAGGCACCGACUUGGAUGGCUUUAAAAGGGGCUUGGACGAAUUUAUGGAGGAUAAGGCUAACCAUGACUACUUACUGGCCAUGAUGGCUUUGCUCUGCCUCCACAGAGACAGCAUGCUUCUGUAUACCAGUGGCUGGGGGGGAAACAGCAGGAGGAAAGAGUGCUCUUAGGCUAAGGUCCUGCUCACAUGGGGUAUCUGGUUGGUCAUGGGGAGAAUGACCAACUGGGCUAGAUGGACCAUUGGCCUGACUCUCCUGAUGUCCCUUAUUAUGGUAAAGUUCUCCCUAUAUGCAUAGCUGUGUGUGUGUGCUUGCGCAGCUGGGGGGAAAUGCAGAGCAUUCUAAACAUGCCCAGGGGCAACCUUCUCUAAUUAUUACUACUACUACUACUACUAUUAUUAUUAUUAUUAUUUAUACCCCACCCAUCUGGCUGGGUUUCCCCAGCCACUCUGGGUGGCUCCCAACAGUAUUAAUAGAACAUCAAACAUUAAAAACGUUCCUAAACAGGGCUGCUUUCAGAUGUCUUCUGAAAGUCAGUUUAUUUCUUUGACAUCUGGCGGGAGGGCGCUCCACAGGGCGGGCGCCACUACCGAGAAGGCCCUCUGCCUGGUUCCCUGUGGUUUCACUUCCCGCCGCCGUGAGGGAACUGCCAGAAGGCCCUCGGUGCUGGACCUCAGUGUCCGGACUGAAUGGUGAGGGUAGAGAUGCUCCUUCAGGUACAGUGGUGCCCCGCAAGACGAAUGCCUCGCAAGACGGAAAACUCGCUAGACGAAAGAGUUUUCCGUUUUGGAGGUGCCUCGCAAAACGAAUCUGCUAUGGGCUUGCUUCGCAAGACGAAAAUGUCUUGCGAGUUCCUGGGUUUUUUUUCCCCUUUUCCCCCUCUUUUUCUAAGUCGCUAAGCCGCUUAUCUGCUUAUCAGAUAAGCUGAUAAGCUGCUAAAAGCCGCUAAAAGCCGCUAAAAGCCGCUAAUAGCGCUAAUCCGCUAAUCCCAUCAAUGGGCUUGCUUCGCAAGACGAAAAAACCGCUAGACGAAGAGACUCCCAGAACGGAUUCUUUUCGUCUUGCGAGGCACCACUGUAUACUGGGCCGAGGCCGUUUAAGGCUCUAAAGGUGAGCACCAACACUUUGAUUUGUGCUCGGAAACAUCCUGGGAGCCAAUGUAGGUCUUUCAGGACCGGUGUUAUAUGGUCCGGGCGGCCACUCCCAGUCACCAGUCUAGCUGCUGCAUUCUGGAUUAGUUGGUGUUUCCGGGUCACCUUCAAAGGUAGACCCACGUAGAGCGCAUUGCUGUAGUCCAAGCCAGGAAACACCGCUUCACCACCAGCAACGUUGUUGUUGUUUAGUCAUUUAGUCGUGUCCGACUUUUCAUGACCCCAUGGACCAGAGCACACCAGGCACUCCUGCCUCCCGCAGUUUGGUCAAACUCAUGCUGGUAGCUUCGAGAACACUAUCCAACCAUCUCGUCCCCUAUCGUCCCCUUCUCCUUGUGCCCUCCAUCUUUCCCAACAUCAGGGUCUUUUCCAGGGAGCCUUCUCUUCUCAUGAGGCGGCCAAAGUACUGGAGUCUCAGCUUCAGGAUCUGUCCUUCCAGUGAGCACUCAGGGCUGAUUUCCUUAAGAAUGGAUAGGUUUGAUCUUCUUGCAGUCCAUGGGACUCUCAAGAGUCUCCUCCAGCACCAUAAUUCAAAAGCAUCAAUUCUAGGUAGGCGAGGAAUGGGCAAGGGUUCCUAAACUUAGGACACAAUAGGGGUGCCAAAUGGAACAAAAUAUUGGGGGGGCAGGUAAGUCCCAUGGCUUAAAUGCAUACUAUUAUUUGAAUGGCAAUGCUCAUCAACUGCAGGGUGGGGAAAUCAAAUAUUUUAUUGGGGGUCUGGGUGCUGAAAGGACCUGAGCCCUCAGGACUUGGCUCCUAUCACCCUCCCACCCAGGGCCAGCUCCGCACUCGAGGGCUAUGCGGCUGCCCGGCAGGGGAGGUUCGGGGCUGCGCGCCACGUCGCCGCCCUCCGCAACCGGAAGCCUCCCCGCCCCCGCUCCGACGCUGAGGGGGAGAGAAAAGAGGAGGCGCCACCGGGCGGGUGUCGGCGGCAGAAGCGGCGCCUCCUAGUGUCCCUCAGGUCCCUCGAAGGCUGAGGAGGAAAAGCCGCCCUCUUCCCUCGCGCCGCCCGCCUUCUGACAGUUGCCAAGCGGGGCGGGGUCGGGAGAGCCGUUGCCACCUCCCCUCUCCCCCGCCCCCUCCCUCCCCCCCCCCCGGACUCGGGCACGUUUCGUUGCCUCGUCGGCGGUGACAGAAGAAGGCCGGCGGCCCCCUCGGCCCCCUCAGCGCCGGGCGGACGCAGGGGAGACUCCGGGGACUCCGCCGCGGCCCGCUGCGGGGAUGUGCCAUCCUUUACCAUGGCGAGGAGGCUCUUCGCGGGGGCCUGGCUCAGGAAGCCCUAUUACAGCCAGGUGAGUCCGGGGUGGGCCGGAGACCGGGGUCAGGAGAAGGGGCUGCGGCGGGCGGAGGAGGAGGAGGAGGAAGGCGGCGUCGGCCGCAGCGCCGGAGGGGAGGGAGCGAGGCCGGCAGGUGCGCGAGGCGGGGGCGGCGCACCUGGGCGGGAGGAGAGGGAGGCGCGCGGGGCGCCGUUCCCACGGGAAGCAAGGGAACACGCGAUUACGAACGCGGGUUAGGUCUGUCGCCGCUCAACGAGCCCACCACCCUUUUCCUUCCCACCCAGCUCCGUUGGAGUUUGCCCCUUAACAAGCCUACCUGCGCGGGUGCCAACUUGAAUAAAAUAAUUGAUUUUUGGAUGGGGGUGGGGCGGGUAAGCCCUGUCCCGCAUAAUCGAUCCCAUGGCACGAGCUGUUGCCACACUGUUGGCAUGGCAAUGCCCAAAAACUUGGGGGGCGAGGGGGGGCUGGCGCCCUCAUAGAUAUAUAGAUAUAUUGGGGGGGGAGCGAAGACCCCCCCCCAGCAGUUGGCUCCUAUGCCAGCCUACCAGGCGUUGCAAUGGAGAGAUGGAGGUAGUAACAUAGGAGCCAACUCCUAGGGGCCUCAGGACCUUUUGUGCGCCCCCCCCCAUAAAAUAUUUGAGCGGGCCACUGACCCAAAAGUAGAUGGGCAUUGCCAUUCAAAUGGGGUAUGUGUGCCAAGUCUUGUGAUUGUGUGAAGCAGGGAUUUACUUCUCUCCCCCCCCCCCCAAUAUUUUAUUAAUGUUAGCGCCCCUGGUUGGCCAUUUGCGGCUCUUGCUUGCCCAAGCUUUCUCCACUCUUCCGCUUCUCCUCCCUCCCACUCACUCCUUCCCAGUCCCUGCUGUUUUUGGAGCGUGUUUUGCUUAAUCUGGUGGUUCCGGGGCUCCUCAGUGGUUCUGGGGUCCUCCCUAUGUAACUUGAAUUUUUUGAGUUUGCGCAAUGAAUUUUGUACCGUUUUUCCAGAUUUCAGAUGUACCCGGCUGGUUUCUCACCUCCACAGUUCAACAGUUUGAAUCUAUAUUAUAUAUAUAAAUUCAACAACAAUUUAUAUGCCACUUGAUUUUAGGAAAGCCUCUAUGCAGUUUACAGAAAGAUAUUGCACUGAAAGGCUGCAGCUUUAUGUCAGCUGCAAGAUAAGACACAAUGUUAAAAGGCAGAAAAUGUGCUUUAGAAAGUGUUAAUCUUGUUAGAGAGGCUAAUACAGAAACAGCCAGAUGUACUAGUUUUACGCAUGUUCAUCUGCCUUUGGUUAUGUACUAGUUCUUUGAGAGCACAAGUGAGAAGAAUACUGUUGCAGUCAUGUCCUGCCUAUGGACUUCCUGUAUAAAUUUUGUUGGUUGUUGUGAGAACGGGAUACUGGCCUGAUCCAGCAGGACUCUUUGACAGUCACAUGUAUGUAUGUGUGUUAUGUAUAAAUCUGUAUCAGAAUAACUGUGGAGGAAAUACUGUGCUUUUUAUUACACAUCCAUGUACUUCACUUAUCUAACCUAGCCCCUAACCUCCCUGGGGGAGAGCAUUUCACAGGCAGGGAACCACCACAGAGAAGGCCUGUUCUUGGGUUGCCAACCUCCAGCCUCUCAUGGAGGAGGAACAUGAAGAAGGGCCUCAGAUGAUAGUCACAAGGUCUGGGGUGGUUCAUAUGGGGAGAGGCGAUCCCUGAGGUAUUGUGGUCCUGAGUCAUUUAAGGCUUUAUAGGUCAAAACCAGCACUUUGAAUUGGGCCUGGAAACUAAUUGGAAGCUAGUGUAUUCAGGCCAGGAUUGGUGUUAUAUGCUCAAACCAUUUUGGCCAAGUGAGCAACCUGGCCGGUGAAGUUUCUGAACCAUCUUCAGAGGCAGCCCUUCUAUAACAUGCUGCAGUAAUCUAACCUAGAUGUUACCAGAGCACAGACAACAGAAGUUAGGCUAUCCCUGUCCAGAUGGGGGCACAGCUAGGCUACCAGCUGAAACUGAUGGAAGACACUCUGUGUCACUGAGGGCACCUGAGCCUCAAGUCAUAGCAAUGGACCCCGAAUGACCCCCAAGCUACAUACUCACUGAUUCAGAGGGAGUGUAACCUCAUCAAGAACAAACAAACUCCCAUUCAUCCGGUCUAGGGAACCACUCACAAACGGUGCCUCAGUCUUAUCAGGAUUGAACUUCAUUUUGUUGGCUCUCUUCCAGUCCAUUAUCAAGGCAACACAACAGUCCACUGCCACACCAGCAGAUGUAAAGAAGAAGUGUGUCAUCAGCAUAUUGCUGACAACUUACUCCAAAACUUCAGAUGACCCCACUCAGCAAUUUCAUGUAGUUGUUAUAAGUGAUAAAAUUGAACCUUGAGGGACCCCACAUUGAAGGCUCCAUGGGGCUGAAGAGCACUCCCCAAGCAUCACCCUCUAGAAAUGACCAUCCAAUUAGGACCUGAAUCAUUACAAAGUGGUGCCACCCACCCCUAACUUGGACAUCCACUCCAGAAGGAUACCAUAGUCGAUGCUGUUGAAGCUGCUGAGAGGUCAAGGAGAAUUAACAAGGAUACAUAGGUCAGCAUACAGGAAGAUCGAAGCAGUUUCUGUGCCAAAACCAGGCCUAAACUCCAAUUGAAAUGGAUCUAGAAAAUCAGUUUCCUCCAAGAGGACCGGCCCAAGAAAGAGAGAUUGGCAACUGGCCAGUAAUUACUUAGAUUUUCCAAAUCCAGGGAGGGUUUCUCAAGGAGUGGUUUUACUAUUGCCUCCUUCAAGCAGGCAGGGACUACUCCCUUUCACAAGAAGGCAUUAAUCACCUCCCUGGCCCAGCCAGCUGUCCCAUCCCUACCAAUUUUUAACAGCCAAGAGGGGAAGGGUCCAGAGCGCAAAUGAUCGCAUUAACUGAGCCAAGCACCUUGUCCACAGCCUCAAGCCUUGCUAACGGAAACUCAUCCAAUAUAACAAUACUAGGCAGUUCUCUGGUUUCAUCUGCUAUAACACUGGAGUCAAGAGCCUGGUGGAUGCAAGCUGUUUUAUCCUCAAAAUGCUUUGCAAACAGGUAACAGUGAGCUGACACCAGUUCAGUCACCUCCUUUAGACCAGACUGUAAUUGAGGAUGCAAUGGAGGCAGCAAAGUAUCCUACAAAGAAUAAUAACUUCCUCCAAGGAAAUUAAAGUUCUUAACCAUAUUCUCUUGAAUGAAGAAUACCAGUCAUUCCCGGAAGUUGUGUGUUUGAUUUAAUUCAUCCAAUGUGCUGUGUGUUAUUAUUUUUUUAAAAUGUUUCCUACAUGUUAUGCACAAUUCUCUGCUUAGGCACUGCAGACAGUUACCCCAGUGUUUUAAGUGAAAUGUUUGUUUUAUCGGUAUUUUUGUAACAUGGUCAGUGUGGUGUCUGCUUCCACUUUGAUUUUUAAAAAAUUAGUAUUUAUAUUGAUUAAAACCUAUAUGGCACAAAUGAAAUAUUGUUCCUUUGCCAACCUGUUGGUCCCUGGGUGUUUUGGACUAUGAUUCCUAUCAACCCCAGGCAGCAUGGUGCUGGCUCCAUUGAUAGGAGAUAUAUUCUAAAAUAUCUGGAGGGCACCAAGUUCGUGAUGGUGUCUUGAAGGUGUCUUGAAGGAAGCAGCUAAAGGCUGGUAUAAACUGAGCUGGUAUAAACUGAGAAGAGAUUGGUUUGUUCCUUUGGCUGGUGAAGUGAGGAUAGAACUUCAGGUAUCUUGUUGGUUCAUCUGCAAUUUUUAAAAUAUAUUUUUAAAAUGUAUUUUAAUUCUCUGUGUUGUAAAGCAGAGAAUUAUGUACAUUUGGGGGGGGGGUGUCUUUUAAAAGAAGCACAAGAAGUUGGAAGAAUUGCUUCCUGGAAAGACUGGUGCUUUUCAUUGUCCAAGCUGGAAACUUGAACAACUUCAUUGAUUAGAAAUGUAUCCCAAGCAGUCAGAAGUUACUCAUUUGAAGGCACUUCAGUGAUACUUUAUUGAACCGGGUGUUUUACUGGUGAUCUGUAUCUGUUGGUAUUUUUUUGCUAUUUUGCAUUUUUGUACAUGGUUGAAAACUUAUAUUAGUACAAUAGAGCUACUUUGGAUAAAAUUGGGGCUCUUUGUUUGUUGUGCAGACUUUUAGGGAGGCAAAAGCAAGGAAGAGCAGCAUAGUCUUUGUCCUUAGUUUGCCUUGUGUUUUCAAAUAACUAUCUAGUAGCAACAUGGAACACAGAAGGGGUUAAUGAUUAGGAAGCCUGUUAACUGUAUUCUGUUUUAUUUUUAUUUAAAGGGUAUACUCUGCCCUUCAGUAAAAAAAAAAUCAAGGUAGCUUACAAAGAAAUCAAGAUUAUGAUAACAAAGGCAACAUCAUUAAACAUUUCAGCCAGUAUUUAAACUAAUUUUGGUUAGGGUACAUUGGGAGAGAGCUGUGCAAACAUUCUGCUAAACAGGGUGAUGUGGCUGCUUGCAAGGUCAGACAAAUGUAACUCUCUGUCUAAGGUCAAGAUACUUCAAUAUUUUAUCUUUGUGUAUGUGUGUAAGUCUGUCCUAAAAAUAAACAGCAUUAACAGGGAUCUAUAUUUUGCUCUGGGCAAGAACUAUAUCUUGUUUCUGUAUCAGAUGCUUCUCACUCAGUGUGUGUUCAUGUAUAUUUGCAUAUGGUGUAGGCAGCAUAGAAUAUAAUUUUAUCACUGAGCACAUGCAUUUUCCCAUUCGUAAAGCAGAGGAAAUUGCCUUGUUUCUUAUUGUGGUGAAACAUAACACCUGCAGAGUAUAGGUAUAUUACAGUUGUGCCUUUGUCCUACAUUUCUGCUUCAGAGGUUGCUCUUCUUCAAACAUAAAUUGUAAGCCUUUCCCCAACACAAUCCAACACAAUUGCAUCUCCAUCAUGCCCCUUUCUUCUAGCUUGUCCUCAAAUCUUUGUGUCCUUGGAAUAGUUCCAAGCCCCAUCAUUUUCCUCCUCCACAAGUAAUUCUAGAAGCUAUCUGAUUCAAUGAAGCACAUUGCAGUAUCAUUGUUCAGUUCCAGUACUUGAAUAUGCUUCCACAUUCAAACACUUGUUAGAGAUUUAUAAUUGACAAAUGCAUAUGGUGCCAUAUUUGUAAGCUGCUUUCUAUAAUACAUACAUUUCUGAUGUAUCCAGUUAGCAUCUUAAUCUUAUUCUAACUUAGUACAUAUUCUAACUUAGUUCUAUAACUUUAGUGAACACCCCCCCAAAAGGAACAGAGUAUAAAAUAAAGUAAGGAGUCUUUUUUUUUUUUUUUUUGAGGAAGGAAAAGCAACUUUUAAACUACACAGAGCUGCUCUUAGGAAUGUUGUUUUCAAAAGACAUCAUGAUACAGUUGCCUUGUGUUUGCUUUGUGUGGAUGUUAAAAACAUGGUUAAUAGAAAUAACGACUGACAUCUUUUAUGACAACAAAAUUAUAUGGAGAACACUAAUGUUUUCUGAUUUGUUUACCUGCGGUUGAAGAUCUGACAUCUUCACUUCUAGAACUUUGUUUAUAGUAGAUGAAGUUUGCUGCCAUACCCUUGUAUUGCCUUGACAAAGAGAGGAAGGAAGGGAGUUGUUGUGGGGUUUUUUAAAAAAAGACUUACAUGCUUUAAGUGUUAUAGGGAUCUCCACUCUCAUGGGUUAGUAAGCCUUGUAGGAGGGCUGAUGGCUCCCUCUUAAAAAUGUUUAAGAGCUUAGGAGGUAGCCUCUAGAAUGGGUACUUGCUGUACUGGCUUCUCUCUUGGCAUUUAAUUUCUGUCUUCUGCCUUCAAUGUAAUUAGGGGAUGUGCUGGCACUGAGUUUAACUGUGGCUGCAUGUGGUUAAGAUUCCCAUUUAAUCUGGAUUUUAAAUCUCAUGGGCUUCUGUAAAAACACUGAAACUAGAAAUCCACAGGAAGCCACAUAUUUCAAUUACUUGAAUUGGUUAUUUGGCCAAACUACAAUAUUAAUUGCCGGAAAUUUGAUAGAACUGUUAGUUUAGAAUUACUGUUCAUGCUCGGUGCAAAACAAACAUGAUAAGCAGGUGAUAAAACACUUUUUUAUUUUACCAGACCAUGUUUUACUUAAAACUAGCCUUGUAAUUACAGCUUGUCUGGGGAAGCAGAAUUUCCCUAACCCCGUGAGUGGCAACUGAAUAAGCAUGUCCGUCUCCUGCCACCAUCUGCUUCCUUGUGCUGCUCCUGGCAACCACAGCAGAAUUUUUGUGUGUGUUCCUUAGCCAUGCCAUGGGACUUGACUUGUUGGCUAUCCCUUAUUUCAGAGAGAAAGCCAAGACUUGCUGUAUUCAGAAAUCUCUGCUGUGUUUUCCCUGGUUGUGGUAGUGAGGGGGAAAGGGGUGAUUAUGAAGCUCCCUGGCUGCACCUUUUUCUAGUUACUGGCAGCAGGACAAAUCUUGUAUGCAACAGGGAAGGCAGAAGAUGAAGGAUCUGGGGAACUAAAGCAAGGAGAUAUGGAACAACAGAAGGCUGCUUUAAACUUCUUUUGUAGCCCAUUGAUAUUAAAAUACAAUAGCUCAAAGCACUGCAUCUUAUUCAUCAUCAUCUCUGACUAGGUCUGUUUCUAGUAUCAAUGUGCUCUGGAACCUUUCCAGGCUCAACUUUUGCCAGAAAUUGUGCUGUUUGAGAUGCAUCUCACAUGGUGAAUAACUAAUUACCAUGCAGUUCACACUGUUUAACAGAAUAUUGACUCUGUAAAUGCCUUGCUAGGUGUCGUCAUUUGCGUUUUUUCUUUCUGUGGUUUUUGGUUCAUUUCCAAGAGGAUUAGUGGGAAUGAGAAAGGCAAUAAGGGAAAGAAAAUCAUUUGCUAGCUCUGAAACAAUUUUAUUCUGAUGUCACAGUUUUCCCCCCCAAAAUGCUUGUUAUUUUACUUUGACUUAGCAUGACUAGUUAAAGCUUUCGUGGGGAACUGAUGCAGAGUUGGCUUGUAUAUCUGUAAAUAACCUCUUAUCACUUAACAAAGCCAUUUUCUUUAGUAUUCGUAGAUGUGUAAGUUUUUAUAUUGAACAUCUAAUUAUUUUAAGGUCACAUCAGUGGAAGUGCAUUUUGCCAGCUCGUUUCCAUGACACCUCCUGGAUAUUUUAAUUUGUUUUGUUUUUCAUAAUUUUUAUUAGCAAACAGAAAAGUUUCACAGUACUCUUAGUUACAUUUAAUUACAAUGUGCAUUAGAUCUUUGUGUCAAGAAAGAUUAUAUGAAAGUGAAGGAAAGGAAAGGCAUUUCAACAUCCUAGAGAAAAUAAGAAUUUGACUUAAACAAUUAUAAAGCUAUUACUUAUUAUAGUCUUUUUAAAGUUUUCAUAAUUAACAUAGUACAGUGGUGCCUCGGGUUAAGUACUUAAUUCGUUCCGGAGGUCCGUACUUAACCUGAAACUGUUCUUAACCUGAAGCACCACUUUAGCUAAUGGGGCCUCCUGCUGCUGCCGUGCCACCAGAGCACAAUUUCUGUUCUCAUCCUGAAGCAAAGUUCUUAACCUGAAGCACUAUUUCUGGGUUAACAGAGUCUGUAACCUGAAGCGUAUGUAACCCGAGGUACCACUGUAUAGUCUUUGAAUCAUUUGAAAAGAAAAUAAAACUGUUAUAUUCACAUUAAUGUAGAAAUGUAAGAAAAGAAGUCAUCAGCCAUAUCAAAAAACAUUUUUGUGGGGCAGUUUGUCUGGUUAUUUAGAGUCCAGAAUGCAGUGGCCAGAAAGUGACUUCGGGUGGCUAGCUGUACUAGUUUCUAGUUACUUGGAGCGUCUGAAGAUGCUUUUUCUGUACUCUUAAAAUAAUGACAUUGUUUGAACUCUGGUCACCUGCAGAAAUAUAGGAAACUACCUUAUACCAUGUCGGACGGUUGGUCCAUGUAGCUCAGCAUUGCCUACACACUGACUGGCAACAGCUCUCCAAGAUUUGAGGCAGGGUUCCCUCCCAGCCUUAGCUGGAGAUGCUAGGGAUUAAACCUGGAACCUUCUACAUGUGAAGGAGAUGCUCUACCUCUGAGUUAUUGUAAUCUACCAUAUGCCCUCCCCACACAAGCGUCAUCAGGAUUGUCUGUGAAGAGCCUUGGCUAUGGGUGUCCCAUCUAUCACAAGGUCAGAGCCUCUUUAGCAGCAGCUUCCUGCUUAAAGAAACCCCUGCCCAGUCAGUCUGCCUUUCUAUAUUGAGGACAUUGGUAAAAAUAGACCUUUAUAAGAAUUUGGGUUUAUUCUAAAUUAUGAUGGGUUUCACUGGCUGUUGAUGCUAUCUGCUGCUAAUUAGUUGAAUUUAUUUCAAUGGAUUUUAUUGGCUGGUAACUUUGACAUUGUAGCUUUUAAACUGUUAGUCUUUCAAAGCACACUGGGAAGUAGAAUAUAAAUAAAUGAAGUCUUGUGAUACUGGCAAACGUGAAAUUCUCUGUAUUAGUAAUACUAUUGGCUAUAACUUUAAUUGUGCCAUAAAUGUGAUUUUCAGUAGGCUUUUUACACAAAGUAAAUGCUAUGCUGAGAGUUUUCUUUAGCAGUAUCUGUUUUUCUAAUGUUAAGAAAUAAACAUUCUGUCUAAUUCUUGUUGAUAUGCACUUAAUAGGCUUGAGUUUAGUCUGCAGUUUUAUUGCUCAUUCUUGCAUGCCAUAGAUAGCAGUUGAGUCUUUAAUCUGACUUCCUUCAUAACUUUCUUUUGUGGGGAAAGGGAAUACAGUCUGGUGUUUGGAGAUUACUGUUCUGGUUAUUAUGGGUUAAUUUCCUUUCACCAUAAAGCCUCUUCUGAUGCUGGACCAAUUCAUUUUCUGGAGGAAGUACCUUCCCUGUGAUAUCUUUGUAGGUGAAGGCAAUGAAAAGUAGAUAAGAAAUAUUUUAAAUAAAUAAUAAACAAGAAGGAUGCAAACAAUAUAUUUAGCUUGUUGAAUUCCAUGUUUUGCCAGUGAGCCCUGGUUUGCACAUAAAAAUGGCUUGAUCCAUCAUACUUUUUUUCCAGCAGUGGCCAGUUGACUAUCUCCUAGACCCCAUAAAAAUAACCAGGGAACACUGGUGAUAGCUUUUCUAUGAUUGCUCAUAAGUGUUCGGCCUCAUUGUCUGUGGAGGUUUGGCGCCUACUAAGACUUAUAUCCAAUAUAUCAAUUUCAGUAACUCAUAUUUAGUACAAAACCAAAUCCAAGACAUACAAAUAUAAGCCAAAAUUAGACUAUACAAUAAGAGAAAACAGGUCCAUCAACUUCCUGAAAAUUCUUCCUUUUUAAAAUGUCUGUACAUAUGAAAUGAUAAUCUCCAAGUGUCCCUAUUUUCCAGGGACGCCCCUGAUUUAGAGAAGCCAUCCCGGUCUCUGAUUUGAUCCCAGAAUGUCCCACUUUUCCUUAGCAUGUCUCUAUUGGAGAAAUGUUGGAGGGUACGGAGUUAUCCGACCCCUGAGCCAUCUGAAGGCAAUCCUGUAUAGGGAAGGUUUUUUUAAUGUUAUUGUUUUAUUAUAUUAUUAUAUAUGCUGGAAGCCGCCCAGAGUGGCUGGGGCAACCCAGUAAGAUGUGUGGGGUAUAAAUAGUAAAAUUAUCAUUAUGGAAUGGGACGCCCCUAUUUUCACUGAAGAAAUGUUGGAGGGUAUGUGAAUGCCAUGCAUGUCAUGGGUUGUGAGUAGACUUCCGCUCUCCUGUUUUGUAACUUCUCUCUUCUCAUUUCCCUUCUUUCACAAUGCUGCAUAUUGUUAAAUUUCAGCCAGUUGUAUAAAUGUAAAUCUAAGACUAUGCUAGAUCCUUACAACAGUACAUCUGGGUUAACAAAAAAGGACAGGAUCUGCUGUCUAGUCAAGGAAUGCCACGUCACCUGUAUUGUUGUCUCCAAGGAACAGCAUCGGCAUUACAAACAAUUGCAUGAAAAUCCUUUUUUUUUUAAAGGCACCUUUGGAAGGAACAGAAGGAAACAGAGAAUCAGCAGGCAUGGGUGCUCAACUCUUUCCCCUGCCUGUUGCACACCCACUCCUAAUUCACCCUUACAACCACUCUUCCUCCCCGGCCCCCAUCAGACUCCAUACAUGCUGUGGGUGAGGCAGUUUUGUGGGAUGAUUUGAAGUUGUAGUGGGGUGGUUUGAGCAGAGAAUUGUGGGGCAGCCCUCUCCAUUUUGCUUCUUUCUGAAGUUGACAUGGGGGGAGAGGGUAGUUCAUUAUAUAAUUUCACAUGAAAUGCCUGUUUCAGCCUUAGACUUAGAUAGAAUCAUAGAAUCAUAGAGUUGGAAGAGACCACAAGGGCCAUCGAGUCCAACCCCCUGCCAAGCAGGAAAUAGAUGUCUGGGAAUAAAAAGCAACUCUUUCUCACAAUAUUUUGAUGGAGUGUGAAAUGGAGUAGUUUCUUUCCUCUCUUCAACAUCUACUUAAAAACCUAAGUGGUAAACCUUUAAAAGGAGCCAAAAAAGAGUGACGGCAUAAGUAAGCAACGUAUGGAUGAAUCUUACAGAGAGGGAGAUACCACAUUCAUUCUGUGGACCAAAGUCUGCCAAUGUUUUUAAAAAGGGGGAGUAGUGUAGCAAGUCUCACUUUCUUGCUGGGGGAGGGGCAGGGAGAGAAAUGCAUUAAAAGCCUGUGGAAGUGAGGAGUAAACCAACUAGUUUGCCAGGCAAAGUCAAAUUUGACUCCUGUUAACUUCAAAUAAACUUUUAUAUAUGAAUAAUGGUGUUUUUUGUUUGUCUCUUCAUAUAAAGGAAACUGAAGUCUGUUUGUUCACAGGUUGGGUACAAUACAGGCAGGCAAAGAAUGAGUUUUCUUUUACUGACCCAUCUCUGACCUGAAACUUGAUUUGAAGGGAUCAUGUUUUAAGGAUAAAAGGCAAUUAGGUUUUCUUCCACAUGCCUCUGAUCUACACCUUCCUGAAUUGGGCCUUUUGAUAGUUUUGUUACUUGAGCAAUAAUAUUGCAUACCUUUUGUUUGAAAAAGUAGGCAUAGCAUAUGCACUAUAUAGUAAGUGGUGAGUGAAUACCUCUGAGACAUAUCUGGUAGCUGGCUUCCCAAGCCAAUAAAGUGGGAGAGUAAAGAAGUAUUGGUACUGAAGCACUUUGCAGAGGAGGCUAACCUGCCACCCUUUGCAUUCUUUUCAAAUGUGGUAUUUAAUCAAAAGUGGCUUGUUACAUGAAUUCCAGAGCUAAACUUAUGUAUAGACAUAGAUAUUGGAUCAUCUAAAACAUUGGUAGUGCCAGCUGGCUAGUUCCUGUGUCAGGCUACUUCGAAUACUGUUGUGGUAGUAUUAUUAUUAUUAUUAUUAUUAUUAUUAUUAUUAUUAUUACUACUACUACUACUACUACAACAGUUAUAGCCCACUUUUCCACCAAGGAGCUAAAGUGGUACACAUGGUUCUUCCCUUCUCCAGUGUUAUUCACACAGCAACCCUGUGGCCCAAGGUCACUCAGUGAGCAUCAUGGCUCAGUGAGGAUUUGAAUCUUCAUUCCCCCAAGUCCUAAUCCUGGUCAUGAUAGUACGUAAAACUUCCAUUGAAAACGUGUGUGUGUGUGUGUGUGUGUGAAAUCCUUAAAUUCUUAAGUUCAGAAACUGCCAUUUCUUGCUAUUGCUGGUGCUGACAAGUGAGAUAUAAAUGAUAAGAUACUUUCCCUACUCAGGUGAAGAUAAAAGAACUACCUCUACAAUUCUGUGUUAUUGGUAUAUAUCAAUCUGAAUACAGUAGAUAUUGGAUUAUUCUGGACCAGUUUUAACAAGUGGUGAUUAAUUAUUACUUUCUAAUUCUCCUUCCAGUAACCCCUACCUACUUCACAUGAUGGCUAUAUGACAGGCAUAGGCAAACUCGGCCCUCCAGAUGUUUUUGAGACUACAAUUCCCAUCAUCCCUGACCACUGGUUCUGUUAGCUAGGGAUGAUGGGAGUUGUAGUCCCAAAACAUCUGGAGGGCCGAGUUUGCCUAUGCCUGUUAUAUGAGGACAAAACUUGAACUCCCAAUGGUUCACCCAGAGGUUUCUGGAGAGAACUGAAAAUAAAUGUAAUUGAGUUUGCUUUCAAUGCUGUGAAAUAAAAUUCUCUACUUUAUUUGGAUUGAAGCUAAUGCCAAUUUGCAUUUUAUUUACUACCAAAGCUAUUACUUAGCACAGUGAAAUUAGGUUAUGCAAGAUGUCAUAAAAUAUUACUGAAACCUUUCCCUCCCAUCCCCUCUUGUUUGUCUCUCUACCCUAAAGGUUCGCUUCUCUUACAUGCGGAUGAAGUAUCUCUUCUUCUCCUGGCUAGGGGUAUUUAUUGGCAGCUGGAUUAUUUAUGUUCAGUAUUCAUCUUACACAGAACUUUGUAGAGGGCAUGAUUGCAAGAAAAUAAUAGUAAGUACGUUUUUAAAAUAUUUUAAGUGUAUAUAUAUAUAUAUAUAUAUAUAUAUAUAUAUAUAUAUUAUAAUAUAUAUAAAAUAAACCAAUGUUAUCUUUUGCUAUUGUGUAUAGUAAAUAGCCUGGUGUGCUCUGGUCCAUGGGGUCACGAAGAGUCGGACACGACUAAACGACUAAACGACUAAACGACUAAACAACAACAUAGUAAAUAGCACAAUUUUCAGCAAUUUGUUAUUAUGCACUACUGUGUAUCAAAAUGAGGUAUAGGCUCAAACAAUAACUUUUAUUCUGUGCACUCAAUAUUUCUUCAGAUAAUUAACCCAGUUUAAUAUAAGAACAUAGGAAGAGCCCUGCUGAGUUAGGCCAAAGAUUUAUCUACUUCAGUGACCUCUUGUCACAGUGGCCACCAGAUGCCCAUGGGAAGCUUUUCAAUGUGACAACAGUUUCCGUACUUCUGGCACCCUACAACUGGAAUUCAGAAUCAUGUUGCCUCUAACAAGGGAGGCAGAACAUAACCACCAUAGCCAACAAUAGCCUUGCUUCCCAUGAAUUUGCCUAAUCUUCCUAUCACUGCAUCUUCUAGAAGAGCAUUCAGUAAUGAUGUGAAAAUGUUCUUUCUUUUGUUUUGUUGGAAGAGAAGAAAAUGGUUAAGGCAGUGGGAGCAGAUGGUGGGCAAAGAGAGACUAGACAAUGAAAAUAGAAAUAAAAUGUCUGGAAUCUUGAGACCAAAGGAACCUUCAAAGUGAAUCAGGGUGGUUGCGUCCCCGGGAUACCCGAUCAUUGGAGGUAGAAAAUGUAUUGAUACUCAUAUAGUGGUCUUCUCUGCCAUUUUUUCCAGUGUGAUAAGUACAAGACUGGAGUUAUUGAUGGAUCAGCAUGUAGUAGCCUAUGUACAAGACAAACUCUGUAUUUUGGAAAAUGUUUGUCAACCAAGCCCAACAAUCAGGUAUGUCUGCUCUAUAUUUUUGUCAAGUUCAUAAAAACAUUAAGCAGUGAUAAAUCUGGUAAUUGGACAACUUCGGUAUAUUACUGUCAAAAGGACUUCUGAAUCAAAUACAGAAGAAAUGCACUCAAAAAUAUUCAUGUUAUAUAUACUGCCUCAUGAUUUAAAAACGCUGGAUACUGGCAGCAUCAUUUCUUCUAAUACUGAACCUGGGUGGUAAAUUUGGCAGGAAAAUAAUGUCACCUGAAAAAUAACAGUUUCUGCAUAUUUAGACUACGUCAGUGUAUUGAAGUUAAUUCAUUUGUAAAUUUCAAAGAAAAUUAAACUUUUUAAAACAACAACAACCACCCUGUGUGUGUUCAGUGACUUGCAGGAUUUAUGGGAUGUCGAAGGUGUCAUUUGAAGAGUAGGGAGACUGGCCAUUUUGAGCACCUUAUGGUAUUCUGGCUAGAGGACUAGGAUUUUGGGAAGUCCUCUUGUUAGCUUACACUAGUUCUAUAUUACACUAGAAUGCUUCAGGAAAGACAUAUUUGCUUAGUAUGCUGAACUCCCCCAAGCCCCCUCACUGUAUAACAAGAGGGUACUCAGGUUUGGCAAUAGUAGCCUUAACCCUUUAACAUUUUAUAGCACUAGAGAGAGUGGUGACUGGGAAGUUAUGUCUCCUGACAAACAGGAAAAGGGCACACACUCACCUUCCAGAAACCCCUUAGUGUGACAUGUUUAAGGGUGGCUGGACCACAGAACAAGAGCACCUGUUAGGAUUUGGGUGCCACAGCAUUUUGUUUCCCUUUGGUUACCGUCUAAAAGGAGUCUGGCUAGAAUGGUUUGUAAUGUCAUGCAGUUCUAUUGCAAAAAAAAGAAAUCUGAAUCGCCAGCCAGUGGAGAACAUUAUGACCCCAACCCAGCUACUUGUGAUUAUCAUUGAAACGGUGGGUGGUAUUCAGCUAAGAUUUACUUGGAUUAGACCCAUUAAAAUUAAUGAACAUGACUAAGUUAGGUCCAUUAAUUUCUGUAAGUCUACAGUUGAAUACCACCCAAUGAAAUGAGUUCUGUUGCUUAGUCACAGUUAAACUUUAGCUAGGUCUAGAUCUUUUUAUGGAAUAAUCUAUUUUUAAUAUACUUUAGUAAUAUGUUGUAAGGCUAAUGCUUCAAACUAAGGUUUGGCAUUUGGAUUUGCUUUACAUUCAAUAAAUGUCUGAGCUUGUCAUCACUCAUAGUUAAUGGAAAGAAAAUGAAUAUGGCAGAAUUUUAAAACAAUGAUUCAAAUUCAAUGCUGGACCCACUCUGGAAGAAUGGCAGAUGAAGGUGAUGGACUACAUGGAAUUGGCGGAAAUGACAGGCAGAAUCCGAGACCAGGGAGAAGAGUUGGUAGAAGAAGAUUGGAAGAAAUUUAAAGACUAUCUACAGAAAUAUUGCAAAAUUAAUGAAUGUUAGAAUGAUGUUAGAAUGAAGUUAGGUGGUUUAAGCAGUAAUGCUAUAAAGGUGUAUGUAAAAAUGGAUUGAUAACAGGUGGAAAUUUAAAGUUAUAGUAUAUUAAGUUAAAGGAUUAAGAGAAAAUAAAGAGGGAAAGAAAUUGCUGAAUUAACUAAUUGAAUUGGAAUACAAAAAAGGGAGGUAUGAGGAGGUCAGGGAAACAAGGAUAUGAAUGUAAGGCAUGGAAAGAUUGAUCUAUUUUUUUAAAGUGUUUUUUAUUCUUUUAUUCUGUAUUUUGUAUUUUGUAUUUUUCUUGUAUUUUUAUUUCUGUCUUUUGUUUUUGCUUUUCUUGUUUUUAUGUAACUCUUUUUUCUGAAAUUUUAAUAAAUAUCAUUUUAAAAAAAACAAAUUCAAUGCUGGAUUAAAAGAAUGCAUAUUUAAACUUCUGUAGAUGGAUUUAUUUGAUACAGACUACAAAACACCCCACUUUUCAUUAUUUUCUAUGUAGGAACUUCAGCCCUUCAAAAAGUAUCUCCCCAUUAAAGUGGUAGAAUAUAGUGCUCACUUUAAAAAGUGAGCAUAUCACUAAAUAUGCUUGUUUAGUAUAUCACUAAAUAACCAUCUGGGUGGUAUAGAUAGUGUUUGCAUUCCAGUGCAGUACAUUUUGAAUAUCGCAAUCAGUGCAAAAUGAAGUACGUAGUUGAGAAACAGAGAUCCUUAUACAUGACAUGAGUUUACUGCUAGACUACUAAAAGCUUUGGAUAGCUUUUAAAUACUAUGUAUCUUGUACUUUAACAGUCCCAUCCCUGAUACACAGGCAGUUACCCUGAAUCUGCCUUCUGUUAGCCCCAAAGUAUUAUACUUAGCAGGACUGUUACUAAGUUAAAUAAAUCUUAGACAAUAGUUUAUCUAGUGUUAUGUGACUAUUCAUAGGCAUAUUUCUAUUGUUUUAAAAGCACUAGUCCUGAAGAAGAAAAUGAGUGUACCGUACUUUUUAUGAUUCAUGCACCCAUCUCAGUAGGCGCUACCUUGUCAAUGGCAUUCUCUUCUGUGCCUGAAAAGAACAGGAACGUUUCUAAGAAAUCACUUGCUGCCUGCGCUACUUUUGUUAGUACUUGUAUAUAAACAUUAAAUCUGUCCAAUUAAUAGAGGCACCAUGCUAAUGUAAGUUGUGGAAAUUUAGUCAAUUCCAGAAUCUCUAUCUCUCCUGUGUUGUGUAGAUGUAUUUAGGAGCCUGGGGCAAUCUACAAGGUGUAAUAAAAUGCCAAAUGGAAGAAGUUGCUCACAUUGAUCUCAGAACUGAACUAGAACCGAGAAAGAAAACUAUUCUGUUUGAUAAACCAACUAGAGGAACUACAGUUCAGAAAUUCAAGGAGAUGGUCUAUGGACUCUUUAAAGUGAGUAUUUACUCUCACCACCUACCUCCAGUGGUGGCUAGUGAGCUCAAAGUACUGGUGAUGUCUCUAAUCCCCUACCCACCACCCAAUUUUUACAUAGGCCAGGGAUUGGGAACCUUUUUGGCCCAGCAGUCCAGUUCCUGGAGAUGUAAGGUGUUGGCCUGUGGAGGUAGGCUGAGGGGUUUGCUUUGCCAGGACGUUCCCUGCAUAGAAUCCAUUGGCAAAGUGCACCAAGCAAGGCUGAACCCUCUGCUUGCCAGCUGAUAAGUCGAAGGUUUGAUUUGAUUUGAUUUGAUUUGAUUUAUUAUAUUUCUAUGCCUCUUUUCAUCCAAAUGAAUCUCAAGGCUUACAAACAAUAAAUAGCAAUAGCAUGAUAGAACGUAAUGGAACAUCACACAAAUACAGCAUAAUCAUAUUGAGUAAAUAACAAAUCAUCAGUAACACAAUUACAGUCUAUGGAACAUUGUUAACAAAGCAACAAGUAACAAAAUAAGCUGAACACACAACAAAUCUAUACAGCAUAUAUAAUCAAUAGAACAACAUUAGCAACAUUAGCAACAUUAACAAAAUAGCAACCAGAAGACAAACUAAGCACUGUUAAGUUCAUACACACAUUCUCCACGCCCCCAUGACGCAUAAGUUUCAAUCCAGCUGGCUGCUGAGGUCUGCUUUGCCAUCAUGUUUCCCAUGAAGCAGUGCUCGGCACAAGUGACACCCCCCUGCCUACCAGCUGAUGUCACUAACUGAUGGACAGGUAAGUGGGGUUUGGGAGAAAUAGCCUCACUGGCCAAGAUUGGCUCAUGGGCCUGAGGUUCACCACCCCUAAUAUAGGUAUUGCUUCAGGACUAGACCGCAUGAUGGAUAUUUGAAAACCUAGAGGCCACCACAUAUUAUAAAGUAAGUGGUAAAACUUCCAUUUGGUGGGUCGUUGUAAAGAGGUUUUGGAGUUCUCUUUUAAAUGGAUAACUGGACAAAAUUCUGUCUGAAAAUAAGAGCUGAGAUUUUCAGAUUAUUUUGUGACUGUAAAAAUACCACCUCAGUUAUUACAGAACAAUACAAUAAUGCUAAAAUGGCUGCACUACUUAGCACAGAGCACUGUGCAGCUCGGUAAUAAACUUUGUUCCUAAAUGCCUUUGAACCAGAAUAGCUUCCCUAACAUUACUAGAAACAGGAACUGAGAAUGAGAAAUAUGCACCGGCAUUUACAGCAUUAUGUAGGUUGUUACUUUUUAAAAAAAUAAUACAUAAUUUUAUCAUCUAUCUUUUGUUUCUUUUUAGGCAAAACUAGGAGAGCAGGGGAAUCUUCCUGAGCUGGUUAAUCUCAUCUUGUCUGUUGCUGAUGGGAACAAAGAUGGUCGAGUUUCCUUGCCAGAAGCAAAGUCAGCUUGGGCGCUUCUCCAGCUGAAUGAAUUUCUGCUCAUGGUAAUUCUCCAGGAUAAAGAACAUACUCCCAAACUGUUAGGUUUUUGUGGAGAUCUAUAUGUGAUGGAAAAAGUUGAAUAUACCUCUCUUUUUGGAAUAAGCCUUCCGUGGAUCAUAGAACUUUUCAUUCCCUCUGGAUUCAGAAGAAGCAUAGAUCAGUGGUUUACUCCAUCGUGGCCUAGAAAGGCAAAAAUAGCCAUAGGGCUUCUAGAAUUUGUGGAAGACAUUUUCCAUGGACCUUAUGGGAAUUUCCUUAUGUGCGACACGAGUGCCAAAAACCUGGGUUACAAUGAUAAAUAUGACUUAAAAAUGGUGGACAUGAGAAAAAUAGUGCCAGAAAUGAACCUGAAAGAACUAAUUAAAGAUCGUCACUGUGAGUCUGACCUGGAUUGUGUGUAUGGAUCGGACUGCAGAACUGUAUGUGACCAAAGUAAAAUGAAAUGUACCACAGAAAUAAUUCAGCCAAAUUUGGCAAAGGUGUGCCACUUGCUCAAAGAUUACCUGCUUCGUGGGGCUCCUCUGGAAAUACAUGAAGAGUUAGAGAAACAGCUGUACUCAUGCCUUGCCCUGAAAGUUUCAGCAAACCAGAUGGAGAUGGAGCAUUCCUUGAUACUCAACAACCUGAAAACUCUACUGUGGAAGAAAAUAUCUCAUACAAAUGAUUCUUAGUUUCUUUGUCUCGGAAGAACAUUGUUGCUGCUGUAGGAGCUGACUACUUUUUUUCAAACACAGCUUCAACGUUGAAAAAAAAUCUUUAUUUAGCCUCCUCUCUCAUCAAUGCUCCUUCAAACACAGCCACCACAGUGAUUUUUUUCCAGUUGGAAAAUGUAUGUUCUCUAAAUAUCUGCCUGGCAGAGAUACUGAAGCCAUAUGGCUAUAACACUCCCAUUAGGGAAAGAAUACAGGUUACACAUUCUCCUCUUGCCCUUAUUCACCUUUAAGAUAAUUUUAGAAGAGCAGAAUCAAGAUACUUUUUUUUUUUUAGCAAAACUUGCCUGUUGAGGAAAAAAUUCACAUGGUACAAUUCUAGAUGACCUGUCCUACUUCUGAAUACAAAUCACGUUCAAGUACUUAGGCACUUCAGAUACUCCCUGUAUGUGAAAAUGUGGCUUGUCAAAGAAAGGGUUGUAAAGUAACCUUCAACCUGAGAUGCUAGCUGUUUGCAUCCUGAGAGGUUUUUGAAGCAGAGUUCUGAAGAAUCCCACAAGCCCAAAGAAGGCUGCUGCCCUUAAACAGUGUUGUAAGUUACUCUUUUUCUUGCUGCUCCCUACCCCUUCUCUUGUCACUCCCCCAAAUUACAAAAUGGGUUGUAGUGCGCUUAAUUUUUCCUUUGAGGACUUUUUGAAAAGUGAAAGUAACUUUACAAACAUUGGCCACAAGACCCACCACUACUAGAAAUUAACAUGGUAGAAUCCAAGCUACUGUUUAUAAAUGAAAAUAAUAUUUUUGAGAUUGUUUACUAAUUUUAGCAUGGCAGAAUUUGCACAUUAGUGAUUUUUAAGAAAGAAACUCAGUGUGACAAUUGAACAUGUUUUAACUGGAGGUUUUUGAAACCAGAACUUUUUGUUACAUUUAUACAUUUGUAUACACAUUUACCUCAUGCGUACAUUGAAUGUUACUAAGUUGUUGAAACUUCCUAGUUAAAAGUAGGUGUUUUCCCAUGCUAGCAGUUGAUUUUAAGCACCCACACAUCUUGUAGUAGCAAUAUUUAAUGACACUAAACUGAUAAAUUGCAAUCAUAUGGGUCUUAAUGUAAGCGGAUGUGUAACAAAAGGUAUUACACAGUCUGAAGGCAAAGAGUUGUGGGACACUAAAACUGAAUUUUAUACAUGAGUUGGCGAACUCAUAACUUUAGUGCAAUUAAUAACCCAGCUGUGGUUUGUCUGAUGGUAAAACGUUAAAAACCAAUCUGGCCAAAUGUAAUCACCCAGCAGCCAAAUUCUGUCACAUGUUUAUUCUGAAGUAAUUCCAUUACAGCUCAGCAACUCCAAAGUGUGUCGAAAUAUAAGCCAAGUCCGGUCAAUUUCUAUGGUUAAGCAUUGAUAUUGAAGAAACAAAUACGCUUAAUAUUGAUCUCACCCAGCUGUGUUCCUGAACCAAGUAAGCCAAAAUUCUUGAAUGCAAACCCAUUAAUCCAAACGUUGUAUAAGAUAGUUGCUCUGGCUUUGUGGGUCAAACUUACCAUGUUACUUUGAAAAUCUGGGUAUUUUGAAGUAGACUCUGGAACACAUUUUGCAGUAUCGAAGCUUUUUCUAGAACUUGUGGCAAACUGGAAGGAAAUUGCAUUUAAUGGUCCUGAGUUGUAAUGUUGCUCACAUCACAAAACAGCAAAGGGAAGCAAGACAAUGGUAGGGUGUGUGUUUAGGCCACCCAGCACAGUUCUGUUUUCAGACCUGUGUGGUACUUUUCACUUUCUAUUUUAUAUGCUCUUCUAGGGCUAGGGGCACAGUCCCCAGUUCUGAACAAAUAUGGAAAAUUUGAACACAUAGCUGUUAUUUUACUUUAAUUUCUUGUUGUUGACAUGUUGCAUCAAACAAUCAUCCACUUCUACCUAUUGAAAUGACAUUUGUCAUUGUUUUGACAGAGCUCUUCAGCGUAUUCAACUUGACACUAAUUCACUCUCUCCACCCUUCACUUGAUUCAUUGGUAUUUCUGUUAUAAGAGGGAGAAAAUGAUGAAGUCUCUUACGUUAAUGUAUCUCUUCAUCUGGGUUUCUUGUAUUUAACAUGCUCUUUUGUCAACACAACUUAAAAUAUUUUCCCCCCCACAUAAUGAACAUGCACUUAACAAAGCAAACCCAUCUUUGUUCCCUGUACAAUGUGUAAAGUGUUAAUAAUUUGCUCUAGAAUCUUGCGCAUUUUUGCCUUGUGUAAAUAUUUUUACUAACAAAUUUCUUGCACAAUGUCCACUUUGUUUUUAAAUUAACAGAUGUUAUUUAAGAGGCAGCAUUUAAUAUUUGCAACCACUAAACAAAUCUUUUAUCUUACUAGGCAUAUCCAUGCUGGGUAAACCUGAAUGUCAAUAUUGUUAAAGGCAUUGCUCAGUGGGAAAAAAUAUUGAGCCAAAUAUUUCUAGAUAUUUGAAAUUUUCGAAUAAUGGAACUUGUCAGCAAUGCAGUUUGUACUGUAUUUCAUUUUGAUUGCUGUUAAAUCACCAUCUCCAGGAGACUUCAUUUUGAAUAUGAAUUGUUUACAAUAAACUGGAAUUAUUUCCCC